AUGAAGAUAGAUGCCAAAAAGCAUUUGGGCAUCUGGGUCUCCUUAAAUUCAUCCCUCUCACUGCACCAUGAGAAAUCGGCCCAAAAUGCAUUCGCCAUUUUAAGGAUGUUCCGAUGCCCCAUCUCCCGUAUUACUCGCAUGGAAUUCCAGAUAAUCUAUGGGGCCUACUUCAGACCGCUCCUGGUGUACGUCAAUGAAGUUGUCAACUCACGACCCUCGAAAGACGUUACCCUCAUUGAGCGUGUCCAGCGGGCCGCUACGAGAAUGGUUGCCGGCCUCAAAUCCGCGAACUACGAAACGCGUCUCGCAAUGCUUGAUCUCUUUCCCCUGGAGUACGGUCGCCUUCGAGGGGACCUAAUUCUCAAAAAUGCCCUAUUUGAACAAAGCUUGGCAAACAGGUUAUAUGCCGUUGACCCAGCAAACGCACGGCGGGGACAUAGCAAGAAAUUUUCAAGCUACUAUAAGAUGGGGACUCUGAGACAAGACAAUCCAAUUGUUGGUGGUCAUGACAGAUAUGGCUAUCAAUCUUUGGCUAUACUACAUCAAAGCUAUCGGCUUCCAUUCAGUCCUCUUGCCUCCUACCAUACUCAACAAGCUCUGUGUUUCUACACUCCUACAGCAUACAACCAUACAUGGGAAGCGGAAAUACUCCAAGUACCUCGGUCUCAUCUUUCCAAGCAUGCACUGAACAUGGUUGACAAGAACCUUCCAAUCACCUCUCCGGCCCCAAGAAGAGAAUGGGUCAAACACACGGUUACAGAAGCUGCGGCAGAACUUGAUCGUCUAACAAGACUGGCCGAUCGCAUUUGCUCUUCAGAUGAGCCAGUGCCUCAGGUGACCACCAAAGGAAAUGCCCCAAAACGAAAGCUGGAUAUGACGAGGCCGUUUCCGAUGCCCGCAACAGGCAGUCCCGAUGCGUUUGAUCGAACUAAAUUGUUGAUGAAUUUGGAGCAAAUGUUAUACGAACGGAUCCCGGUUCCUGCAGAGUUGGAUGAACAGUCGAAGCGUGGCGCUUCCAACCCAGCCUAUGUUCCAAGCAAGACUGCAUACCAGCCGGUUUCAUCUACGAGCCCCAUGUUCGCCAUCGACUGUGAAAUGGUUGUGACAAAGUUGGGAAGUGAGUUGGCUCGGGUUACCAUGGUAGAUGAGUCGAACUUCGUCGUUUUCGAUCGCCUUGUCAAACCCGAGAACCCUGUUGAAGACUAUGUGACAAAGUUCAGCGGCAUAACUCGGGAUAUGUUAGCACCGGUGACCACGACUGUUGCGGACAUCCAACGGGAGGUGGACGAAUUGUUACCGCCGGAUGCGAUCCUCGUUGGGCACUCGAUUGCAAAUGAUUUGCAGGCAAUGAAGAUCUACCAUCCUUAUUUGAUCGAUACUAGUGUGAUUUACAAUCUCAAAGGUGCGCGAACUUCGAAGGCCCGUCUUCGGUUCCUAGCCGAGCACUUUCUCGGACGGAUGAUCCAAACCGGCACAUCUGGACAUUCGUCGGCUGAAGAUGCCAUAGCCACGAUGGACUUGGUGCGGUUAAAGCUGAGUCAAGAUUUGUCAUUUGGAGACGUCACAACUUCAUGGCGAUUCCCCGAACACUAUUACGCGCUUCCGUCGGCAAUACGGUCAAAGGGUUUCUCAGUUGGUUUGUUAAAGAUAUCACACGUCCCUCAACUCUGUUUCUCUGUCCAUAAGCCUUCAAAUCGGAAACGUGUUGACCAUGACACAAAGCCCUCAGAAGACAAGCCAUCCGACGAUGUUAUCCCAACUGGGCCAAGCGUUGACAACGUGCACCCAGCCUUCCGUUCGAAGGUUACCGAGCUGCGACAAAGCUAUCGCUUCCUCGGCCCACCUGUUCACUUCCUCACUCGCUUACUCAAGGACUCCAAUAUCCCGUUCUCCUACGCACCAACACAUGAAUCCGAUGAUCCCCAGGGUGCAACAUCCAAUGGGAGAUCUGCGUUUCCCGAGGUCACGGAUUCUCACCUCAGUCGUCCGUCAACCAAGUUGGCAAAUCAUCUAGCCGAAAGCGCCCGUACGAACCGAUUUAUUCUGGCAAAAGUCCAUUGUCCGUCAGAGUGGAACGAGGAGAAAUGCAAUAAAAAGUUGACCAAACUGAGCAGCAAUCUAUAUAGAGGUCUUCCGGAACACAGCCUCCUCAUUGUCAUCUGCACCGGCGAGGGACUAGACUCUUCGGCACCGUCCGCCGGUCCGAUUCUCGGUUCAAAUGAUGUCGAUGCGAAUUCGAGGCUCCGAUCGUCUAUUCUAAGCGCACAAAUGUUAGAAAACGCCAAGCGUUACGCUUACAUCACAUUGACCAAGCCCCAACAACCGACAACCAACGAAGAAAGUUAAAAUAGAUCUACCUGUACUCGCUGGGGGGGAUGGCGUUUCCGAAGGGCAUUUUUCACCAUGUACAGCCUCCUGCUCCAUAAAUUGCUUUGCAUUAAAGCUGUAAAUAUAUUCUGCAUUCUGUCUUCGUAAGCAGCGGACGGG